AUGCCUACCUCCCACAUCUCCACCCCCCUCAACGGCGUCCCCGCCGCCACUGUUAUCGCCGCUCUUCACAACCACGACCUAAUGAUCAAAACCCUCUGUCCAGCACUCAUAAGCUACCACUUCGAGUCCGGCGACAAGGCCACAUCAGCGACAUACUCCAUCACCGACCGCAAGCCCAUCGGCCAGACAACAUAUAAGCUAGCCCUCACGAACGUCUCCUCCGGCGUCGAUUCCCUUGUCAACGCCAAGCCGCCUGUCGGCGUCCUCACUAUUUCGGGCAAGUGGCGCGUUGAAGGCGGACAGUUGAGUGAGGAAGUGGAUAUCGAUGCGAAUUUCAUGAUGAAGAAGGUGGCGAAGUUGAACGUGGAGAAGACGCAUCCGGAACAGCAUGUUAAGCUGUUGGAGGCUGCGCUGGCUUAG